GUAUGUAAUAAAGCAGAUUCUAUUAUGUUUUGCAUUUCCAUUUAUAUGUAUAUAUAUAUAUAUAUAUAAAAGGAGUAGCAUACAAAAAUAUCCAAUUUUUUUAAAUAAAAAUAUAAAAUUGUUAAAAUAUUAUAUAUAUUUAAUGUUUCAUAUCGUGUUUGCAUAAAAAUUGUUAAUCCUUGAAAGACAUCAAGACGUCUCGAUUAUUUUUUCAAUUUUGUGGUUAUGUUAGAAUUGUUCAAAUAUCUGAUUUUUACUAUUUCUCUCAUUUUUUUAAUUUAAUUAUAAUACUUAUAAAAAAGUAAUAUGCUUAUAUAGAUAUUACGGGAUUUUUUGUUUUACUGAAAAAAACAAUUGCAUAGUAUUUGGCGGGUAAUAAAAAAUAAUAAAAAUGCAACGUCUCUUCUGAUUGGUCAAUCCAAUGUCCGAUGUAAUACGGAAGAGACCGAGUUACUUUCGAAAUGUAUUUAACAAUAUGGCGUACCGACGUUUGAAUUUGAACGUUACGUGACAACACACAGAAAGUUGUAGGACAUGUGAAAUAAGUUUUUUUAUGCUCUUCUAUUUAGCUUAUUGUGAUUUAUAUUAAGGAUAAAUAUUAUAGGAAUAGAGCUUUAAGACAUUCUGGAUUCUUAUUCAUUUUAAGAUCAUGGAUAAUUUUGUUAAGAUUGAAAAAAUUGGUGAAGGUACAUAUGGUGUUGUGUAUAAAGGAAAACACAAAAAGACUGGUGAAAUUGUAGCCAUGAAAAAGAUUCGCUUAGAAAGCGAUGACGAAGGUGUACCAUCGACUGCAAUCAGAGAGAUUUCUAUCCUCAAGGAGUUGAAACACCCAAAUAUCGUUAGCUUGGUCGACGUGCUCAUGGAAGAAUCUAGAUUGUAUCUUAUAUUUGAAUACCUUACUAUGGAUUUAAAAAAAUACAUGGACAGUUUAGGAAAUGGUAUAAUGAUUGAACCUAAAACAGUCAAGUCCUAUUUAUAUCAGAUAACACGAGCAAUUCUGUUCUGUCACAAACGUAGAGUGUUACAUCGUGACUUAAAGCCACAAAAUUUAUUAAUUGGCACGAAGGGAGUCAUUAAAGUAGCAGAUUUUGGAUUAGGAAGAGCAUUUGGAAUUCCAGUCAGAGUUUACACACACGAGGUUGUUACUUUGUGGUACAGAGCACCUGAAAUUCUUCUUGGAGCUAGCAGAUACUCUUGCGCUAUCGAUAUGUGGAGUGUUGGCUGUAUUUUUGCUGAAAUGGCAAUGAAGAAGCCAUUGUUUCAAGGAGACAGCGAAAUCGAUCAAUUGUUUCGAAUAUUUCGUAUUUUAAGAACACCUACAGAAGAAAUAUGGCCUGGUGUCACACAAUUAAAUGAUUAUAAAACAACAUUUCCAAACUGGGUAACUAACAAUCUAGAAGCCCAAGUAAAGAAUCUUGACGCGGAUGGACUUGAUCUAUUGCAGGCAAUGCUUAUUUAUGAUCCAGUUCAUAGAAUAACAGCAAGGGCAGCUUUAAAACAUCCUUAUUUCCAAGACUUGGACAUUAGAAAGUUACCAUCUGCAUAAUGAGAAAGGAAAAAAAGAAGAAAAAAAAAAACAAAGAAAGAUACGUUCGUUGUGUUUCUUUAUGACAUUUUAAUCGUGCGACAAUAUGAAAAAAUAUAUCUUAGCAUAGUGGAGGGAUGUGAGUUAAGUUAUUUGAGUGCGAACAUUCCUUUAGUUGAUGGAUAUGACUAUAUGCUCAUUACAUACUAAAGUUCAUUAUAUUAUAUAUUAAGUAAUUUGUCGAAAUUUAUUAUUUAGUAUUUCAGUACACUUACAUCUUCCAAUGUGUGUACUAUAUAUCACAAGUAUAAAUCAAGGCAAUUUCAAUGUAAUGAUUACAUGAUACUACUAUAAUAUUUUGUAUCUAUAUUGACAAGCAAGAACUUCUUUAAAACUAUACUUAACAUUUUUAGUACAAUAUUAUUCAUGAAAUACUCUCAUCUAUAAUUUAUAUUAAUUAAGUUUUGUUUUUUUUUUUUUACUAUAUUCUGAUAUCUAAGGUGUGAAAGAAGAGGUGAACACGAGCGGAUAAAUUUAACGAUUUAUUAAGUAAAUAAAAUAAUAACCAUUUUUGAGAAUAGAAAGAAAAAAGAAAAGAAAAAAUCUCGAUAAAUAUUACAUAUGUAUAUUCUUUAGAAUAACGUAAUAUUUGUAAAUUAUUUUGCAAAUACAGGACAAUUUUUUUUACACAAAGCUUUUCAUUCAUACAAAAUAAUCGUUCAAGUAUGAAUGAACUAUGUAUUUCUGGUUGAAGGUACUGUUAAUUAUGACUCAGUUAUCAAAGAAUUAACAACGUUUUAACCUUCCAACAAAAUCGUAUUAUAUUACUUAAAGGAAGGAAUGGAAGCCAUAUGGAGUAUUAUCGGUUCUUAGAACCAUCUUUCUAUACUAAUUUCACUUAUAUGUCGACUAAGAUGCGUCAUCGUGUACAACAAUGUAACAACGAUCUUUGGAUCCCUGUUAUAAAUAGUAAAAGUUUUAAGUACAUUUUUAUAUAAAAUUAAAUAUUUUUAUU